CUCAGAGAAGUUGCUGUCAGAGGAUUUCGUGUUGAUGCUACCUUCCUCUAUGGGAGGCUUCUGACUGGGUGUUGAUCGAAGAGGGAAGACCAAUGCCUGUUUUGUUGUCAACUUUAUAAAGUCAUCCACUGGACUUGUGGCAUGGAUUUACUUUCUGUGCUAGCAUUCAUUGCAGCAAUGUCUCUUGUGGAGAGUGCACUAGCUCCACUGUCAAAUCCUGUUAGGAUUGGCUACUACAGUUUGAUGGAGGAUCUCUUAAAACAUCCAGCUGUGCAGUUCAAGAUCCCACCCAGUCCAGUAGUGACAACUUCAUUUAACUCAAGCCACCACACACCAGAGACUGUGGUUGAAAUAGAGCUAUUCCCUACUAAUAUUCUUGAGCUGAAUGGUAAUCAGGAAGUGAUGGUGAUGACUGCCUAUCUCCAAUUAACAUGGAACCACCCAGACCUCAUUUGGAAUUCAAGUGAGUAUGAGGGAGUUUCAUUAGUGGAGUUUCAGGCUUCCCAGAUAUGGACCCCAUCUUUGACUGUAAUGAGUGAAGUUGAAGACAAAACAAUUGCUCUUGAUGAAAGUGUUGAUUUGUCAAUAAAUCACACUGGAGUUAUCACAGUGGCAUUAGAUAAGCAUUUCAAAACAUACUGCAAAAUGGAUUUUACAUACUUUCCUUUUGAUGAACAAACAUGCCGCAUUACAUUUUUAAGUGGAUCUUUGACUCCUAUCACACUCAUAUACACAAAUGACAUCACUGAAAGUUUCAUGAAACAAAAUUCUCAAGGAGGAGAAUGGAGCAUUACAGACAUGUACUGGACAAAAACACCCAGUUCUUCAAGCUAUCAACGAAGCAUAUUGACAGCUGUGUUUGUGUUAAAACGCUCGACAUACUUUUAUUCAAUAACAUUACUUGGACCAAUGUGUGUGUCUGCUCUCAUGAACUGUCUGGUGUUUACUAUUCCGCUUGAAGCAGGUGAAAAAGUUUCCUUUCUUAUUUCUAUCUUUUUGUCCAACACUGUUUUUUCUGGUUAUCUCAAUGACAUCAUGCCCCAUUCUUUCCAGAAAAAAAUCCCAUUGCUUAUGAUUUUAUUAAUAGGACUUUGGCUGUGGAGUGUCUUGACUUUUCUUGCAACAAUCUUUGUUCUUUAUCGGUACCACCAAGAGCAAAAGCAGGUAAUAGGAGAUAAUGUGGAAUGCCAAAAAGAUAAUUUAGAGAAAAAAAUGCCCACUAUUCCUAUCUUUUCAAACAUUUUCAACAAAAGAAAUAAAGCCAUGAACUUCAUUCAGCCUAGUGUGCUUAAAAAAUCAUCACACUCAGAGAUAACUGCAGAUGCACAAAAUAACUCUAGAAUUGUUCUAAAUGAUUCAGCAAAUGAUUCAGAAACACAUAAUGACAAGAAAUUUCUAAAGCCAAUGGAUGACAAUGGUACAUUAGUAACAUCAAAUCAUGAGAAAUCUGAUGACCCAAAAUUAUAUACAACACUGUCAAUAAAAAGAAAAAAGUUCAACAAACUCAAAGCUAAGAGACUUGACCAAAUAUUCCUUUGUAUAAGUGUUACUACACUAAUUUUAAUUAUUACAAUUUUUGUUCUGACUAUCAUAGGGAAACAUUCAUUUUUCUAGUCUAAAUUCUGGCUGACUACUGUCAUGCAUAGCAACAUACAGGUUUUGUUUUAUAAAUCAACCUCUUGCAGUCUAAAGAUAAGGAAAAAGUGGCCAGCCUUUUUUAGGUUAUUACUUUUGGUAAUUUUUUUCCACAUAUUUAAACUUAAAAUUUCAGGUCUUCAACACUAUGGUCCUUUGAAUGGCAAACAAAACAGAACUGUUGAUUUUGUAUUCCACCGACUGUUGUAUUGAUUUUUUUGUCAUUUUGUUUUCUUUUUAUAAUUCAUUUCUUAGCUAAGAAUGUACAUUAUUACAGCAUAAGUUAACUGAUUGUUGUGUAAGAGUCAGUUUAAGCAAAAUCUAUAUGCAUAUUGAGAAUUUGUCUUACACUGUCAUUGCAACAGUCAUGCCCAACUGAUUUACUGUUAUUGAGCUGUCAAGACAUAUUAGUCAUGGUUCUGUUAGUCUAUAAAAUACUAUAAAAAUCUUGUAUCUCUGAAACAUGUUCUCAACUAAAGCUAAACCUUUUUUCAUGUAUACAUUCCCUUGUCCCCCUGCCAGGCCUGAUGAGAGGGUCUGGUGUACUCAGGCCCGCAGCUGUGAAGGAGACUCGGCCUUGGCCUCGGCCUCGGCUAUUUUUUUUCCUUCUUUUCCUUUCCUUUUUCUUUUAAAGAAAGGUUGACAUAACAUUCCUCACUCUGGGAAAUUUUUUCUCUGGAGCGGGGUACUACAAGUUUGAUCCUUUAACAUCAUUUUUACUCAUUUGUACUAAUUAACCACUCACAUGUGAGCAACUCUAUGGUCAAGUAGUAGAUCCUAGUGCACUUGUCCUAAUGUUUGCAGUCCUAACGUUACUGAAUGCAAUAUAGAUACUGACAAUCAACUUUGUAAACAUAUUGUUAUAUGGUGGGAAAAUGAAAAGUACAAUUACAAGGAGUCGUCUGUCCCAGGGCCCAUACUGGCUCUCAGUGGCCCUGCUCCCUGCCUCCCCCAACAAACAAUAUAGUUCUCAGAAGCCAGGGAAAUGGUUGUGAAGUAGAUACAGAACUAUAGGUUUCAAAUGUCUCUGGUUUCCCAAAGUUGAUUUUCCAUAAAAUUGCAAUUUUCAUUUUGCACACAAUAAAACAGCACCUUGGCACCUCAGUUUAUGCACAGUUCUGUCUUAUGCUUUAUAAUAUAAAUUCAUUGUUGCAUAUGCACAAGUGCAUGCAUGUGCAUGCACACACACUUUUUGUGUAGUAUUCACUUAUAAGAGUAAUAAGUAUUACAGUGACACUGAUACAUUGAUGACGUUGAUUACAGUGUUAUUGUUAAGUAACAUUACUAUACUUUACAUAAAGAAAGCAGAGCAAUACAAUACUGUUCACAUGUAUCUCUGUAUGGUGCUAUCCUCUCUGCUGUCAAAACAAUUCAAUAGAAAUGCAAUAGCACAUUACCUUAUAUGGUGUUACUAUACACAGUAUUUGUCAUAUUUUCCUCAUUAAAAUUAAAAAUCUUUUGAAUAAUCCUGAAUUUUGUGAAUUUGUGCAUGUAGCACUCUAGUAGUGAACUAAGUUAUUUGUUUUUGUAGAAGAUAGGGGUCAAACUGCUCACAUGACUAUGUAAUAGCCAGCCUUGAACUGUCCACCUAUGUGGCUACUGGAUAUUGGACCUAUUGUUACAUCUAAAGUUACGAAAUCGCCUUGGGAAGGCAUGACCAGACAGUGGGGGAUAGGGGUGAGCACCGGAUGAGGGGUGGUAGCGAAAGGUCGUGACCAGGCCGUGAGUAAAGGGGGGGACAUGGUUGCUGGAUUGCUCAACAGGGACAGGAUAAGUACAGUUUUACAGUUGAGAGACGCUUUUUUGAAUUUAAAAUGAGAGUCGAGAGAAACAGCCGAGUGAAACUCAGAAUAAAAUCUACGGUUCUGCGGAAAUUUCCAUCUUUGUUGUGUUCUUGUGUGACUAGCCUACUCCUACCAAGGCACCAGGGACUGACGUGUUGGUUAUAUUCCUGGCGCCCAAUGUGGGACUAGUUGUGCAAGAGUAACAUCAAUCACUCGGCAGAACACCAUGGCUGACUGCAACACAACCAGCACCAGAGCAGCAGACCAAAAAAACACAGUGAAAGAGCUUCGCCACCAUUUGGAAGAGCUCCGGUCAGGAUAUGUCAGAGACCUUAAGUAAUGAGAGCGAUAGGAGUGCAGUUACGACCGCCCAUUUCUCCUCCGGAAUGUGUCUUUAUUGGGCUUCCACCUACAUCACCCCAAGAGGUCACCUUUGACCAGUGGAAAGUGCAGGCAUCAGGAGGUGAAAGUGCAACUGCUAUGUACCACAUCUACACACUGUCUGGGAUUGUUAAUCCUGGUGGUUCUUCCCUGAGCCAAAGGUGGUGUCCAGCCUAAUGCCCCCACUGGGAGUAACAGAUUCGGAGUGUCCGUUUUUGGUCCAGAUCCAUCUUCUCUUUGAACCACACACACAGGUAUAUAUCGUUCAGUUUAUCCUGAAUAACAAAAGCUCCUUCUUCCCAGCAAUCAUCUACUUUGGAUGUAAUACGAGGUCCAAUAUCGUAUUUGUACCAGGACUCUGUCUCCCACAUCUAAAGCCUACGCUCCUUAUCUUAAGAUAAGAUAUAUACCUUAUCUUGUUUUUCAGUCAGGGCUUUUCCAUUUGCUCUGCGGCCAGUCUGUACGCAAAUAUCGCUUCGCCGCCAGUUGAUUCUUUUAGUGUAGUAUUUUCAUUUGUUAACAGACACCUCUACGUGUAUAUGUGAGAUGCUUUUUAAUGGAAAAAGAGUAAUGCUGGAUGUUACACUAUAACUCAACUAUAUUCUUCAAGAUCUGUUUUGAUGACUCCAAUAUAUGUUUGAUGUGUAACUAUUUGUAUCUGUUAAAGCGUCAUUCAGACGAUUGGAAUUGAUGUACAUUGAUGUAGAGUUUACCUGUAUAUGUAAUUAUAACUGGUGUUUUAACGGUUAACUUCUCAUUUCUUUUAAACAUUCCUAAGGAUAUUAGGUUACUUGCUAUGUUAACCAGUGUUUAAUUGUUAACUAUUCCUUUAUAUGUAUAUAAACAUUUGUUUCACAGGGGACAUCAUAAUAUUUUAUUAUUGGCUUGAUGUUUGUUUUUUUUCAAAUGUAAAUUGAAAGGAAACAUUUUUUUCUUUCUCCAGGUAAGUGUAGCACUGUAGAAGUGUACUAAAUUGUCUGUUUUUUGUAGAGGGUAUAAUGGUCGAACCACUCCCAGUGCUUCACUAUGAUACCUAAGCUGCUGCUGCUGCUGCUGCUAAUCAGUUUAGACUUACUGCCAUGAUGUUCAUGCAAUAUUGUGUUGAUGCGUUAUCAAGGUGUCUGACAAGAUCAACAAGCUCUUGUUUUUGUCUAGCUCACCUAUAAUUAAAUGAUCAAAAAAACCCCAAAACUUAUCCUACCUUUUAUAUUCUUUGAUUAUUUUUCUUACAUUUAAAAGUGAGCUAAAUCACACCAGGAUGAACUAGAAAUAUUUUGAA